AUGUCGCCGCCGCCACCCCUGCCGUCCGUGCGGACGCUGCCCUUAUUGCUGCUGCUAGCGGGGCCGGGGGCUGCAGACAAAGCGGGGACGGCAGCGGGGCCGGACCGGGGCUGCUGGGGCGCACCCCCAGCCAAGGGAGGCCUGGCCGGCAGGGGAGGGACGCGAGCCCAGUGGCCCUGGGCCUGGGUCUCUGGACGCUGCUGUGGGGCUCAGCCCGGGGAGGGAGACGCCCCCAGCCUGGUGCAGCUGUUGCCCAAGGGAGGAAAGGACGGAGUCUCAAUCCAGGCUGGGGUUCCUGGGCGCCUGCCUGACACCCCCACCUUCCUUCACCCCCACCCAGCCCCCCCCUGCCUGGACGGAAGCCCGUGUGUGAACGGAGGUCGCUGCACCCAGCUGCCCUCCCGGGAGGCUGCCUGCCUGUGCCCACCAGGCUGGGUGGGUGAACGGUGUCAGCUGGAAGACCCCUGCCAUUCCGGCCCCUGUGCUGGCCGUGGUGUCUGCCAGAGCUCGGUGGUGGCGGGGACCGCCCGGUUCACCUGCCGCUGUCCCCGGGGCUUCCGAGGCCCCGACUGCUCCCUGCCAGACCCCUGCCUCAGCAGCCCUUGUGCCCAUGGUGCCCGCUGCUCCGUGGGCUCCGACGGCCGCUACCUGUGCUCCUGCCCACCCGGCUUCCAGGGCCGCAGCUGCCGGAGCGACGUGGACGAGUGCCGGGUGGGCGCGCCCUGCCGCCACGGUGGCACCUGCCUCAACACGCCCGGCUCCUUCCGCUGCCAGUGCCCAGGUGGCUACACGGGGCCCCUGUGUGAGAGCGCCGCGGCGCCCUGCGCUCCCUCCCUGUGCCGCAACGGGGGCACCUGCAGGCAGAGCGGCGACCUCACCUACGACUGUGCCUGCCUUCCUGGGUUCGAGGGCCAGAACUGUGAAGUGAAUGUGGACGACUGUCCAGGGCACCGAUGUCUAAAUGGGGGGACGUGCGUGGAUGGUGUCAACACCUACAACUGCCAGUGCCCUCCUGAGUGGACAGGCCAGUUCUGUACGGAGGACGUGGACGAGUGUCAGCUGCAGCCCAACGCUUGCCACAACGGGGGCACCUGCUUCAACACACUGGGUGGCCACAGUUGUGUGUGUGUCAAUGGCUGGACGGGUGAGAGCUGCAGUCAGAAUAUUGAUGACUGUGCCACGGCUGUGUGCUUCCACGGGGCCACUUGCCACGACCGUGUGGCCUCUUUUUACUGUGCCUGCCCCAUGGGCAAAACUGGACUUUUGUGUCAUCUGGACGAUGCUUGUGUCAGCAACCCCUGUCACGAGGAUGCUAUCUGUGACACGAACCCAGUGAAUGGCCGGGCCAUCUGCACCUGUCCACCGGGUUUCACAGGCGGAGCUUGCGACCAGGAUGUGGACGAGUGUUCCAUUGGUGCCAACCCUUGUGAGCACUUGGGCCGGUGUGUGAACACACAGGGCUCAUUCCUGUGCCAGUGCGGCCGUGGCUACACUGGCCCGCGCUGUGAGACCGAUGUCAAUGAAUGCCUGUCAGGACCCUGCCGCAACCAGGCCACGUGUCUGGACCGCAUAGGCCAGUUUACCUGCAUCUGCAUGGCAGGUUUCACCGGCACAUAUUGUGAGGUGGACAUGGAUGAGUGUCAGAGCAGCCCGUGUGUGAACGGUGGGGUCUGCAAGGACAGAGUCAAUGGCUUCAGCUGCACGUGCCCCUCGGGCUUCAGUGGGGCCAUGUGUCAGUUGGAUGUGGAUGAGUGUGCCAGCACACCCUGCCGGAACGGAGCCAAGUGCGUGGACCAGCCAGAUGGCUACGAGUGCCGCUGCGCAGAGGGCUUCGAGGGCGCAGUGUGUGAGCGCAACGUGGAUGACUGCUCGCCAGACCCUUGCCACCACGGGCGCUGUGUGGACGGCAUUGCCAGUUUCUCGUGCGCCUGUGCCCCGGGCUACACCGGCAUGCGCUGUGAAAGCCAGGUGGAUGAGUGCCGAAGCCAGCCCUGCCGACACGGAGGCAAAUGCCUAGACCUGGUGGACAAAUACCUCUGCCGCUGCCCUCCUGGCACCACAGGUGUGAACUGCGAAGUGAACACUGAUGAUUGUGCUAGCAACCCCUGCACCUUUGGAGUCUGCCGGGACGGCAUCAACCGCUAUGACUGUGUCUGCCAGCCUGGAUUCACAGGGCCCCUCUGCAACGUGGAGAUCAACGAGUGUGCGUCCAACCCCUGCGGCGAGGGAGCCUCCUGCGUGGAUGGUGAAAAUGGCUUCCGAUGCCUCUGCCCACCUGGCUCCCUGCCCCCGCUCUGCCUUCCCCCAAGCCAUCCUUGCGCCCAGGAACCCUGCAGUCAUGGCAUCUGCCACGAUGCGCCUGGAGGGUUCCGCUGUGUGUGUGAACCUGGCUGGAGUGGCCCUCAGUGCAGUCAGAGCCUCACUCGAGAUGCCUGUGAAUCCCGUCCCUGCCGGGAAGGCGGCACCUGCACCAGUGAUGGAAUGGGCUUCCGCUGCACCUGUCCCCCUGGUAUCCAGGGCCAUCAGUGUGAGCUGCUGUCCCCCUGCACCCCGAAUCCCUGUGAGCAUGGGGGCUACUGUGAGUCUGCUCCUGGCCAGCUGGCUGUCUGCUCCUGCACCCCUGGUUGGCAAGGCCCACGAUGUCAGGAGGAUGUGGACGAGUGUGCCAGCCUCUCACCCUGUGGUCCCCAUGGUACCUGCACCAACCUGGCAGGGAGUUUCAGCUGCACCUGCCAUGAGGGCUACAGUGGCCCUUCCUGUGAUCAGGACAUCGAUGACUGUGACCCCAACCCCUGCCUGAAUGGUGGCUCAUGUCAGGACGGAGUGGGCUCCUUUUCCUGCUCCUGCCUCCCUGGCUUUGCUGGCCCCCGCUGCGCCCGAGACGUGGACGAGUGUCUGAGCAGCCCCUGCGGUUCAGGCACCUGCACAGACCACGUGGCCUCCUUCACCUGCACCUGCCCGCCAGGUUAUGGCGGCUUCCGCUGCGAGCAGGACCUCCCCGACUGCAGUCCCAGCUCCUGCUUCAAUGGAGGGACCUGCGUGGAUGGUGUGAACUCCUUCACCUGCCUGUGCCGCGCGGGCUACACUGGCGCACACUGCCAGCAUGAGACGGACCCUUGCCUCUCGCGGCCCUGCAUGCACGGGGGCGUCUGCACUGCCGCCCACCCCGGCUUUCACUGCGCCUGCCCAGGGGGCUUCACAGGCGCUCAGUGCCAGACGCUGGUGGACUGGUGCAGCCGCUCGCCCUGUCAGAAUGGGGGUCGCUGUGCCCGGACAGGGUCCACUUUCUACUGCCUUUGCCCCCCGGGGUGGAGCGGCCGCCUAUGUGACAUCCGGAGCCUGCCCUGCAGAGAGGCUGCGGCCCAAAUCGGGGUGCCCACGGAGCAGCUGUGUCAGGCGGGUGGGCAGUGUGUGGACAAGGACAGCUCCCACUACUGUGUGUGCCCAGAGGGCCACACCGGCAGCCACUGUGAGCAGGAGAUGGACCCCUGCUUGGCUCAGCCCUGUCAGCAUGGGGGCACCUGCCGAGGCUACCUGGGCGGUUAUGUGUGCGAGUGUCCAGCCGGCUACACUGGUGACAGCUGUGAGGAUGAUAUAGACGAGUGUGCCUCCCAGCCCUGCCAGCAUGGGGGCAUCUGCAUUGACCUCGUGGCCCACUAUCUCUGCUCCUGUCCCCCAGGGACGCUGGGCGUGCUCUGCGAGAUUAAUGAGGAUGACUGUGGCCCAGGCCCUGCCCUGGACCUGGGGCCUCGGUGCCUGCACAAUGGUACCUGCGUGGACCUGGUGGGUGGGUUCCGCUGCACCUGCCCCCCAGGAUACACUGGCCUGCGCUGUGAGGGGGACAUCAAUGAGUGUCGCCCAGGUGCCUGCCACGCGGCGCAUACCCGGGACUGCCUGCAGGACCCAGGUGGGGGCUUCCGCUGCCUGUGUCACCCUGGCUUCACAGGUCCCCGCUGUCAGACUGUCUUGUCUCCCUGUGAGUCUCAGCCUUGUCAGCAUGGAGGCCAGUGCCGUCCCAGCCCCGGCCCUGGGGGUGUGCUGACUUUCUCUUGCCACUGCAUCCCGCCGUUCUGGGGCCCGCGUUGCGAGCGGGUGGCACGCUCCUGCCGGGAGCUGCAGUGCCCAAUGGGUGUCCCGUGCCAGCAGACGGUCCGUGGACCGCGCUGCGCCUGCCCCCCGGGGCUGUCGGGUCCCGCCUGCCGGGGUUCCCGGGGGUCGCCCCCCGGGGCCGGCAACGCUAGUUGCGCGACCUCUCCCUGCCUCCACGGGGGCUCCUGCCGCCCGGAGCCGCUCGCGCCCUUCUUCCGCUGCGCUUGCGCGCCAGGCUGGGCCGGGCCGCGCUGCGAGGUGCCCGCGACGAUGCCCGAGGUGUCCGUGGCGAUGCCCGAGGUCCCGGAGGAGCCGGCGUGCCCGAGAGCCGCCUGCGAGGCCAAGAGCGGCGACAAGAACUGCGACCGCGAGUGCAACAGCCCCGGCUGCGGCUGGGACGGCGGCGACUGCUCCCUGAGCGUGAGCGACCCCUGGCGGCAGUGCGCGGCGCUGCAGUGCUGGCUCCUGUUCAACAACAGCCGCUGCGACCCCGCCUGCAGCUCGCCCGCCUGCCUCUACGACAACUUCGACUGCCGCGCCGGCGGCCGCGAGCGCACCUGCAACCCAGUGUAUGAGAAGUACUGCGCGGACCACUUCGCUGACGGCCGCUGCGACCAGGGCUGUAACACGGAGGAGUGCGGCUGGGACGGCCUGGACUGUGCGGGUGAGGUGCCGGCCCUGCUGGCCCGCGGCGUCCUGGUGCUCACAGUGCUGCUGCCGCCGGAGGAGCUGCUGCGCUCCAGCGCCGACUUCCUGCAGCGGCUCAGCGGCAUCCUGCGCACCUCGCUGCGCUUCCGUCUGGACGAGAACGGUCAGGCCAUGGUCUUCCCUUACCAUCGGCCCGGGCCUGGCGCUGAGUCCCGGAACCGGCGGGAGCUGGCCCCCGAGGUGAUCGGCUCUGUAGUGAUGCUGGAGAUUGACAACCGUCUGUGCCUGCAGUCGCCCGAGAAUGACCACUGUUUCCCUGACGCUCAGAGCGCGGCGGACUAUUUGGGAGCGUUGUCGGCGGUGGAGCGCCUUGACUUCCCCUACCCACUGCGGGCGGCGCGGGGGGAGCCGGUGGAGCUGCCGGAACCAAGCGUGCCGCUGUUACCGCUGCUGGCGGCCAGCGGCAUCUUCCUGUUGGUCCUCCUGGUCCUCGGCGUCAUGGUGGCCCGCCGCAAGCGUGAGCACAGCACCCUCUGGUUCCCCGAGGGCUUCGCGCUGCACAAGGAUGUGGCCGCGGGACACAAGGGCCGGCGGGAACCCGUGGGCCAAGACGCACUGGGCAUGAAGAACAUGGCCAAGGGUGAGAGUCUGAUGGGGGAGGUGGCCACCGACUGGAUGGACACAGAGUGCCCAGAGGCCAAGCGACUGAAGGUUGUGUUCCCUCCUGUGACCCUUGCCCUCAGGGUCCUGGGUGGGGGUCCAGUGGUCAGUGGGAGAGCCAGGGGAAUCCCCGCUGUCCCUGGUUCCAGAGAACAGUCAUGGCCCUGUGUCCGCCUCCUUUCUGACACACUCCUGGUCCCUACAGAUGGCUUCACCCCUCUAAUGCUGGCCUCCUUCUGCGGGGGAGCCCUGGAGCCAAUCCCAACUGAAGAGGAUGAGGCAGAAGACACAUCAGCCAGUAUCAUCUCAGACCUGAUCUGCCAGGGGGCACAGCUUGGGGCUAGGACUGACCGUACUGGCGAGACGGCCCUGCACCUGGCUGCCCGCUAUGCCCGGGCUGACGCGGCCAAGCGGCUGCUGGAUGCUGGGGCAGACACCAAUGCCCAGGACCACUCUGGCCGCACCCCUCUGCACACAGCCGUCACUGCUGAUGCCCAGGGCGUCUUCCAGAUUCUCAUCCGGAACCGCUCUACAGACCUGGAUGCUCGCAUGGCAGAUGGCUCCACGGCACUGAUCCUGGCAGCCCGCCUGGCGGUGGAGGGCAUGGUGGAAGAGCUCAUUGCCAGCCACGCUGAUGUCAAUGCUGUGGAUGAGCUCGGAAAAUCGGCCUUACACUGGGCUGCAGCUGUCAACAACGUGGAGGCCACCUUGGCUCUGCUCAAAAACGGAGCCAACAAGGACAUGCAGGAUAGCAAGGAAGAGACUCCACUGUUCCUGGCCGCUCGGGAGGGCAGCUUCGAGGCGGCCAAGCUGCUGCUGGACCACUUUGCCAACCGGGAGAUCACAGACCACCUGGACAGGCUGCCCCGGGACGUGGCCCAGGAAAGGCUGCACCAGGACAUCGUGCGCUUGCUGGACCAGCCCAGCGGGCCCCGCAGCCCGCCUGGCCCCCACGGCCUGGGGCCCUUGCUCUGCCCGCCCGGGGCCUUCCUCCCCGGCCUCAAGGUGGCGCAGGCCGGGGCCAAGAAGAGCCGGAGGCCCCCGGGGAAGGCGGGGUUGGGGCCGCAGGGCACCCGGGGGCGGGGCAAGAAGCUGACGCUGGCCUGCCCGGGGCCCUUGGCCGACAGCUCGGUCACGCUCUCGCCCGUGGACUCGCUGGACUCCCCGCGGGCCUUUGGCGGCCCCCCCGCGUCCCCAGGCGGCUUCCCCCUCGAGGGGCCCUACGCGGCUGCCACGGCCACGGCCGUGUCUCUGGCGCAGCUGGGUGGCGCAGGCCGGGCGGGUCUAGGGCGCCAGCCCCCUGGGGGCUGCGUGCUCAGCCUGGGCUUGUUGAACCCCGUGGCUGUACCCCUCGACUGGGCCCGGCUGCCCCCACCCGCCCCUCCAGGCCCCUCCUUCCUGCUGCCGCUGGCCCCGGGGCCCCAGCUGCUGAACCCCGGGAAUCCCGUGUCCCCCCAGGAGCGGCCCCCGCCCUACCUGGCCGCCCCAGGACACGGCGAGGAGUUCCCCGCAGUGGCUGGGGCCCACGGCAGCCCCCCCAAGGCCCGCUUCCUGCGGGUCCCCAGCGAGCACCCUUACUUGACCCCAUCCCCCGAGUCCCCCGAGCACUGGGCCAGCCCCUCCCCGCCCUCACUCUCGGACUGGUCUGACUCCACGCCCAGCCCGGCCACUGCCACCGGGGCCACGGCCACAGCUGCUGGGUCGCUGUCGGCCCAGCCGCUCCCCCUGUCUGUCCCUGGCGCUCUUGCUCAGGCCCAGACCCAGCUAGGGCCCCAGCCUGAAGUCACCCCCAAGAGGCAAGUGUUGGCCUGAGGACUCCCCAGUUCCUGGAUUUGGGGAGGCUGAAGGGGCAUCCCAUCAUGAUUCCUCUGUCUCCCCUUUUAGUCCAUUUCAUUCUGUCUCUUGUUUUCUCUUGCACCCCACUCUCCUUGCAGUGUGACCAAGAUAGGUCACCAGCCUAGGGUUUCAGUCUUCCUUUAUUUAUAAGGGGUGCAGGCUGACCCUCACCCUUGGGUCCUGUGGUGAGUCUAGGACAUCCUCCUGCCUCUACCCUCAUCCUGUGGCCAAUACCCCCCUACCCCCAUUCUCUCUUCCCCCCUUUUCUUGCCUUCUCUGGCCUCUCUCUCUCACUCCUCCUGCUCUGACACAAGUGAAUUAUUAUUAUUUUUUUUUACAUUUUGUAUAGAAACAAAUUCAUUUAAACAAACUUAUUAUUAUUAUUAUUUUUUACAAAAUAUAUAUAUGGAGAUGCUCUCUGCCCCCCUGCGAACCCCCCCAGUGCCCCCGUGGGGCUGAGUCUGUGGGCCCAUUCGGCCAAGCUGGAUUCUGUGUACCAAGUACACAGGCAUGACCGGGCUCCUGUGUACUGAGUACACGACCCUGGUGUGUACCAAGUAGGCACCCUUGGGCGCACCCUCCGGGGCUAGGGGUCGGGUGAGACUUGGGAGCCUCCUCCCUGCUCCACCUCCCUUACUUCACUGCAUUCCAGAUGGAACUUAUUCUAGAGCUUUGCCCUCUGGCCCAGAGAGCCCACCCACAGUUCCCCCCACCCCCAUCCUAGGGUGUGGGCCUUCUUCCUUUGGGAACUUGGAAGGGUGGGGUGGCUGGUGGGAAUAUGAGGACCAGGGGAGAUGUGUGCAUUCUACUUUGUCUCCCUGUAAACAAUGGGCCUGCAGGAAGAGAAGGAGCUGCCUGCCUGGCACCUCUUUUUCCUGGUACUCCUCUGGCCCAGCCCCAGGGCAAAAUAGAAGUAUUUGUAGGCUAUUUUUGUAAUAUAGCUUCUGGUCACAAUCCCUGUGUAGCUAAGUCCCCAGGCCUUGCAUUGUACAGCCCCCUGUUCCCUCACCACCUAAUAAAGGAAUAGUUAACACUCA